CUAGAGAAUUCUAAGCGCGAACCUAGUUAAAUAGCGAGAGCUCAACGGAUUUAAAGGUAUUAUGUAACGGAACAAAUUUCGAGAAGAACCGAUCUCUCGGGAUAGUGGGGUUUAGAGGGGUUUAGGAGGCAUCAUGGAGGGGUUAAAUACCUGAAGCUACUACGCUAUGGAAUUUAUAUUACGUACCUUUUAAAGCUACUGAGUAUCAUCUUUCCCAUGUCAACCAAACCAACAUACAUCUUUGUUGAUUACCAAUCUUCAUAACGACGAAUUUCUUCAAGUUAUAUCCGAAAAUACUUGGGUAUUUAAACCUAGGUAUCUAUACUGUUCCCUCCGUUUCUACCUCUCAACUGAAAUCCAGAUCUUGAUUUCUAGCUAUUUCGUCAUAUACUUCAAAUUCAUUAAAAAUGGCUUCUAAUGCUCCUGGCGAUUGCUGCGUUAAAGGUGUUCGACACGAUGGCGAACCCACUGGUACGCUCAUCAAGAUCGAUACACACGAUGCCUACCAAGCCACUCCCGAUCCUUCUAAAGCUAAAGAUGCCGCCAUCCUCAUCAUCCCAGACGUCAUCAGUAUCUGGCAAAACAGCAAGCUCAUUGCUGACCAAUUCGCCGCCAAUGGCUACUAUACCCUUAUAAUUGACGUCUUCAACGGAGACGCCAUGUCAUUGAACCGACCUGAAGGCUUCGACUUCUUUGGAUGGUUGAACAAGGGUAGCACUGGUGAUAACCCUCACACUAAGGAAGCCGUCGACCCUAUCGUCGAGAAGGCUAUUAAGUUCUUGAAGGGGGAGAAGGGAUUCAAGAAGAUAGGUGCCGUCGGCUAUUGCUUUGGCGCCAAGUACGUUUGCCGCCACUUCAGGAACGGCAUCCAAGCCGGUUUUGUCGCACACCCGUCUUUCGUCGAAGAGGAGGAACUCGAAGGUUUCAAGGCGCCGCUCUCUAUCGCAGCCGCCGAGACGGACGAGAUCUUCCCCGCUGAGAAGCGCCACAGAUCUGAGCAAAUCCUCGCCAAGAACGGCCUGCCCUAUCAAAUCAACCUGUACUCCCAAGUCGUCCAUGGUUUUGCUGUCCGUUGCGAUCCCAGCAAGAAGAUCCAACGCUUCGCCAAGGAGCAGGCUUUCUUCCAGGCCGUCACCUGGUUUGACAGCUGGCUGCUAUGACUAGCCGAUGACGAGAUAUCGGCGAAGGGGAGACUUUGAGGACACUUCACCAGGUCGUCAAAUAGAGAAAUGUAGAUAGCCAUUGUGUGCGUUUUGUGUUGGAGCUGACAGAUUUGCUCGCAGCUCUUGGAAUAAUAGA